AUGAAAGCAGCUUACACCACAGGGUAUGGAGGCCCGGACAAGAUCCAGUACUCCGAGGACCAUCCCAAGACGACUCUGAUUGCCGACGAUCAUGUUCUGAUCCGGGUGGCUGCUGCGUCGCUCAAUCCCAUUGAUGGCAUGAGAAACCGUGGCUUUCUGAAGAUGUUGGCACCUGACAAACACCCUCAUAUCUUUGGCUACGAUGUAUCUGGGGUGGUGGAGGAGGUGGGACUUGGGGUGGAUGAGUUCAAGGCAGGCGAUAGAGUCUACAGCCGGAUUGGCGAGCGUCAGGACGGCACCAUGGCCGAGUUUGUGAGCGUCAAGUCCUCACUCGUGGCCAGAGCCCCAUCAAACAUUUCUCUCCAAGAUGCUGCAGGCAUCCCCUUGGUAGGUCUGACCUCCAUGCAAGCGUUUGAAGCUGGCAAUCUGCAAAGGGACCAAACCAUCUUCAUCUCCAAGGGCUCCGGAGGUAUCGGCACCUUUGCGAUUCAGCUGGCAAAGAACGUGUAUGGAGCCAAAGUCAUCACCACGGCUUCAUCCAAGAAAAUGGACCUGCUGCGACAACUAGGGGCUGACCAGGUGAUCAACUACCGGACCACAGUGUUCAAGAACGUGGUUUCGGAUGUCGAUUAUGCGCUCGAUGUGUCCAACCAGCCCCAUGCCCACGUGUCAAUCACCAAGAAGAACGGCUUUGUGGGCAGUCUUAACGGCACUCCUUCCCCCGAGACGGUGGAAGACACCCUGAGUGUCAAGCCCGGUGCAUUGGUAUCGUCUCUGCUUCGUUCGGUCGCCUUUGUUACCACCAGAUGUGCCUGGAUCUACGGCGUGAGAUACCAGGCGAUCGUGUGCAGACCUUCGGGAAAACAGCUGGCCAUCAUCACCGAGUACAUCGAGGCGGGCAAGAUCAAGCCCGUGACAGAUUGUGUUUUUGAUCUGAAGGAUGCAAAGGAGGCUGUCAAGAAGCUAGAAGCGGGACAUGCCACUGGAAAGAUUAUUGUUUGUGUGGAUGGUGGAUUGAAGUGA